GAAUUCGGAAGCUCGGCAGAGUGAAUGCCAACAACGUCAGGAGCUCAUCGCUUCCUGGGUCAUUAAAACAACUGUAAACCUCCUGCGCCUGAUAAGAUAAUGUGGAGAACAUUUUGUACUAAAAUGUUUCUUUCAUUGAUGCUAUAUUAUAAAAAAUGUAUAUAUGAGUACCGAAAGGGCCGCAUACCCCCUUUUGAGAACUCCAGGUCUAUGGGCUAUAGAAAGUGGAUCAGCCUUAAGCUUCUUAUAUCCCCUUGCACCUGUGAUGGACGGGUUGACGGAACGUGUCCCUCAGCAACGCUGACAUCAGAGGUGUAAACUGACGGCAGAACCCUAGAGGACACCGUCGUUUUUGUUUCUUCGGUUUCACGCCCUGUCCGUUGUCGCAGGUAAACGUGCCGUCACCGGGCUGAGAGUAUGUCAUUCACUCUCAGGCCGUGUCGAUGCAGCAUCAAGCGCCCCCCACCUCCCCAUCCUCCCCUCCUCCUCCUCCUCCCCAUCUGCGAGAUCCGCGGCUUUGCUCUGGACAGGGGAAAUCCUUAACUGAAUUGCGUCAUUAAUACGUCAAUAAACUCUCAUUCACUGACGAUCAGGUACCACGGUAGCCGCCAUAUUCGCAUCCAUGGCAGAGUAGCGGUGCUCUCAGUGAAUCUAUGGUCCAGUCAUCAGCAUCAACUUUACCCCGCACGGUCCCGCAGUUCUCAUUCUGAUCCCGUCCCGCAGCCACGCAGCCGACCAUCAAAGCAAGAGCCGGACUUUCACACAGGAAACGUGAUGCAACGUGGAGCGGGGGUCUAGGUGGACUACGAUGCCUUAGACUUAGAAAAAGAAUCCUGGCACAAGAUGGAGGUAAACAGCGUUAGUAGCGAGGUCAAUGGACAUCAAAUCAUGGAUGAGCCUAUGGAGGAGGGAGAGUCUAUUUCACACUACGAUGAGGGGACUUAUAAGGAGAUUCCGAUCACCCACCAUGUGAAGGAAGGCUGUGAGAAAGCUGAUCCAUCUCAGUUUGAACUGCUCAAAGUCCUUGGCCAGGGCUCUUUUGGCAAGGUAUUUCUUGUGAGGAAGAUUCUGGGUCCAGAUGCCGGUCAGUUGUAUGCAAUGAAAGUUCUAAAAAAGGCAUCUUUGAAAGUCAGAGACAGAGUUCGCACUAAGAUGGAAAGAGACAUUUUAGUGGAAGUUAAUCAUCCCUUCAUAGUGAAGUUGCACUACGCCUUUCAGACAGAAGGGAAACUGUAUUUAAUACUCGACUUUCUCAGGGGAGGGGAUGUAUUCACUCGCUUAUCCAAAGAGGUUAUGUUUACAGAGGAAGAUGUGAAAUUCUACCUUGCAGAGCUGGCCCUGGCCCUCGACCAUCUGCACAACUUGGGCAUAGUUUACAGAGACCUCAAGCCAGAGAACAUCUUAUUGGAUGAAGCUGGACACAUAAAGUUAACAGACUUUGGCUUGAGUAAAGAGUCAGUAGAUGCUGACAAGAAGGCUUAUUCCUUCUGUGGUACGGUGGAGUAUAUGGCCCCUGAGGUGGUCAACAGGAGAGGACACACACAGAGCGCAGACUGGUGGUCUCUGGGAGUACUGAUGUUUGAGAUGCUAACAGGGACAUUACCAUUCCAAGGCAAAGACCGCAACGAGACCAUGAACAUGAUUCUAAAAGCUAAGUUGGGAAUGCCACAGUUCCUGAGUUUGGAAGCCCAGAGUUUACUAAGAAUGUUGUUUAAACGGAACCCUGCAAACAGGCUAGGUGCGGGGCCUGAUGGAGUAGAAGAGAUCAAACGUCACGCCUUCUUCUCCACGAUCGACUGGAAUAACCUGUACAGGCGAGAACUUCAGCCUCCAUUCAAGCCCGCAGCAGGGAAACCAGACGACACGUUCUGCUUCGACCCUGAGUUCACCGCUAAAACACCUAAAGACUCCCCAGGUAUCCCACCCAGCGCCAACGCCCACCAGCUCUUCAAAGGUUUCAGUUUUGUGGCUCCAACACCCAUGGAUGAGAACAAGAGCUCCCCGCUGCUCAGCAUACUCCCCAUAGUCCAGAUGCACGGGGGCUCGGCCAAAUUCUGUGAUCUGUACGAGCUGCAGGAGGACAUAGGCGUCGGCUCUUACUCUAUAUGUAAACGCUGUGUACACCGAGUCUCUGCUGUGGACUAUGCUGUGAAGAUCAUAGACAAGAGUAAGAGAGACCCGUCGGAAGAGAUCGAAAUCCUGAUGCGAUACGGACAGCAUCCCAACAUCAUCACGCUGAAGGACGUGUAUGACGAGGGCAGGUACGUUUACCUGGUGACGGAGCUGAUGAAGGGCGGAGAGCUGCUGGACAAAAUCCUCAGGCAGAAGUUCUUUUCUGAACGAGAAGCCAGCGCUGUCCUGUACACCAUCGCUAAGACUGUUGACUACCUCCACUGUCAAGGGGUGGUACACCGAGACCUGAAGCCUAGUAAUAUCCUCUACAUGGACGAUUCAGGAAAUCCUGACUCGAUUAGAAUCUGUGACUUUGGGUUUGCAAAGCAGCUAAGGGGGGGCAACGGCCUCCUGCUCACCCCCUGUUACACCGCCAACUUCGUGGCACCAGAGGUACUAAUGCGCCAAGGUUAUGAUGCAGCCUGUGAUAUAUGGAGUCUGGGAGUUCUACUGUACACUAUGCUGGCAGGGUACACGCCGUUUGCUAACGGGCCAAACGACACACCAGAGGAAAUUCUACUGCGGAUAGGAUCUGGAAAGUUUUCAUUGACGGGUGGAAACUGGGACUCUGUAUCAGACAGUUCCAAGGACCUCCUGUCCCAUAUGCUCCACGUGGAUCCUCACCAGCGAUACACAGCAGAACAGGUUCUGAAGCAUUCCUGGAUCACCUGCAGAGACGCCCUCCCGCACUUCCAGCUCACGCGGCAUGAUGCGCCCCAUCUGGUCAAGGGAGCCAUGGCUGGCACCUAUUCAGCACUGAGCCAGAAGACCAGUCAGCCUGUGCUGGAGCCAGUGGCAGCGUCCAGCCUGGCACAGAGACGCAGCAUGAAGAAACUCACCUCAACAGACAUGUAGACUCUCUCUCACACACACACACACACGCACAAACGACGCUCGCUCACCCUCCAGUUUGGACCUCACUCCCAGUCGGACUUGCCCAUUCAGACAGUUAGAGAUUCUCUCUCGCUUUUUAACCUAUUUAUUUAACACACUCAACACAUCCAACACACACGCACGCAGGCUCUCGGCGAGGGAGGUUGCAUCGUGGAGACGUCAGCUGAAGAGGAAGAGGGGAAACUCACAUAUCUGUUACUGCUGGGGAGACAGACUUGUAUUUAUUCCACAGCCUCAUAUGCACUUGCCCUUCUCGCCUUCAUUCUUUCUUCCAUGAUGGGGAAGAACCGCACCAGCUGAUGUUGUCCUUCACUGUGAUUGGCUGAUUCAAAGCUGCUUCGGUAAACUGUGCGCCUCCCCACCUGCUCUUCAUCUGCACUCUUCCUGCCCACUCCCCCCUCAGUUCUCUCCCUCAGUCCCAUCCUUACUUUUUGUCCUCUUUGAUUCUUCUGUUCACAGUGACGUUAUGGUUUAUGUGUAAGAGUGCUGGCAUGAAGAUAUUGACUGAAGGACAUCGUAGACUUUUUCUGUUUUUUUGUUUUUUGUUUUUUUUCUCCGUCUCUCUCUCUCUCUCUCUCUCUCUCACGAUGAAAUGAGAAUAUGUCAUUCUGCUUGUGGCAGAUUAACUGGUCUCUCAGGAUCAAUGGCAUCUGCCAGCACUUGGAAACAUAAAUGCAUGUGUGGAAACAACUCGGAUUUCUUUUUCCCUCAGUCUCACCGUCUGACUCGUUACGUUGUGAUGCAAACAGUGUCUCAAAAACUGCAGAUGAGCAAAAGAUAAUGGGUGAAAUAAUGUGAUCACUACAGCAGAAGAUCUCUCCCUGCAGCACAUAUAUAUAUAUAUAUAUUUAUAUAUGUGAUAUAUAUGUAUACAUAUAUAUGGCAUGUAUAUAUACAUAUAGUGUGAUAUAUAUGUGACAUAUGUGUAUAAACUUAUAUAUGUGACAUAUGUGUGUAUAUAUAUAUGUAUACAUAUAUUUCACAUAUAUUACUGUUCACAUAUAUGUGUGUAUAUAUAGCAGAUGAAGAGCAUGUGGGGGAGCUGUAGGGAUUUCUCUGGGUGGGGACAGGAUUCAUCCCGUCAAACCAGAGGCUGAAUUAAAAAACUAGAAAGUAUAUUAAAAAAAAAAAAAAAGAUUUCCAUGUAUAUCUCUUUAAAAAGACAUUGUGGAAAUUGUAUGAUACUGUAUUUAUUUCAUUUGAUUUUUAAGAUUCUAUUUUUCUUUCAAGUUCUGUAUAUAUGGACAUUAAAGAUCAUUAUUGACAUGCAA